UGUGUGAAGGCUGUGUUGCAGGGGUCUGUACGGGGAGAUGCAGAGAUGGGGGUCCAGGUGCUGCUGCUGUGUGUAGAGGGGGGGCUUCGCCUCCUCGCCCCCCUCAUGCCCUUCCUCACCGAGGAGCUGUGGCAGCGACUGCCCCCCACCCCCCACAAACUCUACCCCAGCAUCUCCAUCGCACCCUACCCCUCCCUCACUCACACGCCGGACUGGAGUUCUCAGGAGGUGGAGUUGGACUUUGAGUUGGUGCAGGAGGUGGUGCGAGCGGUGAGGGGGGUGAGAGCGGAGUACAGGCUCACCCGGGAAAAACCCCACAUGUUUGUCUCCGGUCCCCCCGAGAUUUCCACCCGUCUGCAGCCCUUCCUGGGGCCCCUGCAGACCCUGUCCCGGGCGGGGGGAGUGGAGCUACUCCCCCCGGGGGAGGGGCCACCCCCGGGGACCGUCCAAGCAGUCGUCACCCACACCUGCCGGGUCCACCUGAUGCUGCAGGGUGGUGUUGACACCCAGACGGAGCGGGCACGUCUAGCCGAUCAGCGCCGGCGUCUGGAGGCGGAGCUGGCGACCGCAGAGGGUCGGAGCCGCGGUGACGGGUUCACCGAGAAGGUUCCGGAGAAAGUGAGGAGCAAACAGAACAACAAGAUGUCGAGACUGAGGGCUCAGCUGGAGUGGAUCAGUGAGGCCGAGCGGGGGCUGGGGGAGCCCGGAGACCGAUCCUGAGCCCAGUUAUCCCCCAUUCCCCCCUCCCUCCUCACCCAUACUGCCCCUUCCUUCCCCGUUCCUGCCCUCUCUCAGUGCCUCCGCCUCCGACCGGUAGAGUUGCUGCCUCACAGCACCAGGGACCCGGGUUCGAUCCCGACUACGUGUGCUAUCUGUACGAAGUUUGUACGUUUUCCCCGUGAACUGCGUGGGUUUUCUCCGGGUGCUCCGGUUUCCUACCGCACUCCAAAGACGUGCAGGUUUGCAGGCUAAAUUGGCCUCGGUAAAAAAAUGUAAAUUGUCCCUGGUGUGUGUGGGUUAGUGUUAAUGUGAGGGGAUCGCUGGUCGGCGCGAACUCGGUGGGCUGAAGGGCCUGUUUCUGCACUGUCUCUAAACUAAACUAAACGAAAGAUUACUUCUUCCCAAUCAAUCUGUGCCGUUCUACAAGUAGAUAAAUGCUGUCCCGCAGACUGUCAAUAACACAGUAGCCCCUCGUUACAACAGACCACGGGAAGGGGGGGGGUGGAGGAUGGUGAGUGUUAUUGAUUGUAACGUACAGUAUUUCAUGUGUACGAUAUGAUAAAAACUUUAUUCAUCACCGGA